CUCAGCUCUCCGAGGACUGGAAGAGGCUGCCUCAGAGUAGGAUGCUCUGAGAGGUGCCCUGAGCGGGUGGGCAGGAGUAGCAGUUUCAGGGGCCAGGGCACACGGCAGCUUUCACCAUGCAUCAGUCCCUGACUCAGCAGCGGUCGAGCGACAUGUCCCUGCCUGAUUCCAUGGGAGCCUUCAACCGAAGGAAACGAAACUCCAUCUAUGUCACCGUGACUUUGCUUAUUGUGUCCGUGCUAAUUCUCACAGUGGGCCUUGCUGCAACCACGAGGACCCAGAAUGUGACUGUGGGCGGUUACUACCCAGGAGUUAUUCUCGGCUUUGGAUCAUUCCUUGGAAUCAUCGGAUCAAACCUUAUUGAGAACAAACGGCAGAUGCUGGUGGCUUCUAUCGUCUUUAUCAGCUUUGGUGUGAUUGCAGCUUUUUGUUGUGCCAUAGUUGAUGGGGUCUUUGCUGCCAGACACAUUGACCUGAAACCACUCUAUGCUAACCGCUGCCACUAUGUCCCCAAGACAUCCCAGAAGGAAGCUGAGGAGGUCAUAAGUUCCUCAACCAAAAAUUCUCCUUCCGCGAGGGUUAUGAGGAACCUUACCCAGGCAGCUAGAGAGGUGAACUGCCCUCAUCUCAGCCGUGGAUCCUGCACUCCUCGAAUCCGGGGGAACACCUGCUUCUGCUGUGACCUCUAUAACUGUGGCAACCGAGUGGAGAUUACUGGUGGGUACUACGAAUACAUUGAUGUCAGCAGCUGCCAGGACAUCAUCCAUCUCUACCACCUGCUCUGGUCUGCCACCAUCCUCAACAUUGUCGGCCUAUUCCUGGGCAUCAUCACUGCGGCUGUGCUCGGAGGCUUUAAGGAUAUGAAUCCAACUCUCCCGGCACUGAAUUGCUCUGUUGAAAAUGCCCAUCCAACUGUUUCUUACUAUGCUCGCCCCCAAGUGGCGUCCUACAAUACCUACUACCAUAGCCCUCCUCACCUGCCACCAUAUUCUGCUUAUGACUUUCAGCAUUCCAGUGUCUUUCCAUCCUCCCCUCCCUCUGGACUUUCUGAUGAGCCCCAGUCUGCCUCUCCCUCACCCAGCUACAUGUGGUCCUCUAGUGCGCCACCCCGUUACUCUCCACCUUACUCUCCGCCUUUUGAAAAGCCACCGCCUUACAGUCCCUAAAGAGAAAUGUCUGCUGGCUACUGAGAUUAUUGCGGCUUUUGUAUUUCUGCUUUAGUGGAAAUGUAUAGGGUACAAAUUUUAGAGUGUGACUCUUAUGCAUAGUUUUAAAGUUUUACAAUGGCCUGCCAGGCUAGGGAAAGAUAGGGAUACAGCUUAUUUGUUAUCAGAGCAGAGAGUGGCUAGGCAGAGCUCAGGGCUUUCCGCUAAGGGCUGUUCACAAUAAGCAAAGCUGCAGAGCCAGCCCAGCAAGCUUAGCUUGUUUAGACCUGCAUUACCCAUUGGUUCCACCUCUGUAGUUGGCAGAAGUGGGGUUGCCAUCUGUUUCACUACAUGUAAAUGGAGUUGUCCUCAGGCCCCUGGCAGAUUGCCACCCAAGCCCCUUGGUUGAA